CGGUUUAAUCCACCGGACGUUCCCACCGAUAAGGACACCUACUAUGGCAAGGUGUGGCCCUAUGGACCGGCUGCAUUCCCCGACUUUUUCAAGAAUGAGACCGUGUUGUGGUGGCAGGGACAGGUGAAAAAUCUGCACGAUACUCUACCCUUCGACUCACUAUGGUUUGAUAUGAAUGAACCCUCAAAUUUUAAAGCAUUGUGUCCGAAAAACAAAUUGGAUUACCCGCCAAUCAGAUCAUCCGUCAUAUUUAGUAACAACCAGUUGUCAGCCUCGACAUUAUGUAUGGUCACUGAACAGGGUGAAAAGGGGGAGUACAGACAUUAUGACGUACACUCAAUGUACGGCCUGACCGGAUUGAUCGCCACUCGAAAGGCACUGGAUGCCACCAUUGGCAAACGUGGCUUUGUAGUGACCCGUAGCAGCUAUCCCACAUCGGGCCGGUAUGGCAACCACUGGUCGGGUGAUAACUCGGCCACCUGGCCCAUGAUGCACCAUUCCAUAGUGGGCAUGCUCGAGUUCAACAUGUUCGGGAUGAGUUUUACGGGCGCCGACAUCUGUGGACUUAUACUCGACACCACUCCGGAGCUAUGUCGCCGGUGGUCCCAAUUGGGGGCUUUCUAUCCCUUCUCCCGUAACCACAACGAUAAGACUGCUAUCCAGGACCAGGACCCGGGUGUUUGGGCCCUCCAGGGCCACCCGGAGGUCACCGAAGCCGCCAGGGCUUCCCUACAGCUCCGGUAUCAACUGAUACACUACUUGUACACACUUCUAUACCGGUCCUAUGUCUACGGCGAUACU